CAUUGCUUGGGCUUGGCGGCUCGCAGGCUCCAUCCCAGAGGCUCCCCUUCAUUCUGACCCUCACGUUUAGGAGCUCAAGCCUGGAACAAUGGUGUGCAUUCCUUGUAUCGUCAUUCCAGUUCUUCUCUGGAUCUUCAAAAAAUUCCUGGAACCAUAUUUAUACCCUCUGGUCUCCCCUUUUGUGGGCUGUAUAUGGCCUAAAAAAGCUGUGCAAGAAGCCAGUGAUAAAAAUAAAGGCUCAGUAGGCUGCAAGGCUGCAGACCCAAAUGGAUUACCAACAAAAGGACCAACAGAAAUCUCUGACAAAAAGAAAGACUAAUGUGAUUUUCCCCAAAGGAUCUCAGUUUGGAAAAUGGACCUGAUGAUACAAAGCACCUUUGUAGUUGUC